GUACCUUUGACUUAAGUAACCAAAUCCAUUUAUGUACUAUAUUUUAUAUUUAUAUAACUUCUUCUAAAAUCUUCAGUGGGUCUCAUAUCACUGUCUCUCCACCUCUCUUGUCUUUUUUGUUGCAGUUUUGUUCAUUCCUUUCUUUAGUAUCCUUUCAAACUCUUCACGAGUACAUGAAUUUUCAUAACACUCUUCAAGGAACCAAAUAAACCAAACCCUUCAUUCAUGGAAACACAAAACCUUAUCCUUUUAAUCCUUUUGUUAUUUCUACCUUGUUCAUUUUCCUUUGUUCCUAUAGACAACUACUUAAUUAACUGUGGAUCACACAACAAUGUUUCUCAAUUCAAUAGAGUUUUCAUUAGUGAUUCUAUCAAACCAGGUUCCAAUUUUCUCUCUUCAGAUGAUUCCAUUUCUCUCACAGACAAAAACCCAUCUCAGAAUUUGCAAACUUUGUAUCACACAGCUAGAGUUUUCAUCAGCACUGGAAGAUACAGGUUCAACAUGAAGAAAAAUGGUACUCACUUGGUUCGUUUUCAUUUCUUUCCCUUUAAAGCUCAAAGUUUUGACUUGAAAUCUGCAAAAUUUAGUGUCUUGGUUAAUGGAAUUUCAAUUAUAAGUGAGUUUAGACCAUCUAAUGAUGUGGUUCUCAAAGAGUAUAUUUUGAAGAUUGAAUCAAAUUUGCUUGAAAUUUUGUUUAGACCCUUUAAAUCAGGUUUUGGAUUUGUAAAUGCUGUUGAAGUGUUUACUGCUCCUGAAGAUUUUGUUAUAGAUUAUGGAACAAGGUUGGUUGGUCCUUCUGGUGUGGAAGAGUACAAAAACUUUUCAUCUCAGGUUUUAGAAACUAUUCAUAGGAUUAAUGUUGGAGGUAUGAAAAUAACUCCUUUCAAUGAUACCCUUUGGAGGACAUGGAUUCCUGAUGAGGAUUUUUUGGUUUUUAAGGAAGCAGCUAAGCAUGCAGUAAGCACUGAUAUACCUAAUUAUCAAAAGGGAGGUGCAACUCGAGAGAUCGCGCCUGAGAAUGUUUACAUGACUGCUCAGCAGAUGAAUAGGGAAAACUCAAGUUUAGCUUCAAGAUUCAACAUAACAUGGAAUUUUCCUGUGGCUCGUGACGGCGUUUUGCACUUGAUUCGGUUACAUUUUUGUGAUAUUGUUAGUCCUUCUCUUAAUUUGCUUUACUUUGAUGUGUAUAUUAAUGGAUACAUUGCAUAUAAGGAUCUCGAUUUGUCAGCACUUACAUUCCAUACUCUUGCAUCACCAGUCUAUGUGGAUUUUGUUGUUCAUUCAGACGAAUCUGGUGUUAUUCAAAUAAGCGUUGGUCCUUCUGAUCUGAGUAGUUCUAUAAGGAUUAAUGCCAUAUUGAAUGGUGCUGAGAUAAUGAAGAUGGUCAACGAUGUCGAUAAUACUAAGAUUGUGCACAGGAGGAAACAUUUGUGGGAGUUGCUGUGUUCAAUUGUUGGAGGAAUUGUUGUCUUGUUUAUUGCUGUAACUGUUUUUCUACUUGCUACCAAAUGCAGGAAGAGGGAAGCAAAAGAAAGUGCCGCAGAAAGUGUCGGAUGGACGCCUUUGCGUAUGUUCGGAGGGAGUUCCCUUAGUAGAACAUCUGAACAUGGUUCUUAUGGAUAUCUUGGAAUGAAGAUCCCUUUUGCUGAUGUACAAACAGCAACAAACAAUUUUGAUAGAAAUUUGAUUAUAGGUUCUGGUGGAUUUGGUAUGGUCUACAAAGGAGUACUUAGAGACAACGUGAUGGUUGCUGUCAAGAGAGGUAUGCCUGGUUCAAGACAAGGCCUUCCAGAAUUCCACACUGAAAUAAGUGUUUUAUCCAAAAUCCGUCAUCGCCAUCUUGUUUCACUAGUCGGUUUCUGUGAAGAAAAUUCAGAAAUGAUACUUGUCUAUGAGUAUGUAGAAAAGGGUCCACUUAAAAAGCAUUUAUAUGGUUCGUCGCCACAAUCACCUCUCAAUUGGAAGCAGCGGCUUGAGAUAUGCAUUGGUGCAGCUAGAGGUCUACACUAUCUUCACACCGGUUUUGCUCAAGGAAUCAUCCACCGUGACAUUAAAUCGACCAACAUAUUGAUUGAUGAAGAUUAUGUGGCAAAGGUUGCUGAUUUCGGCCUUUCAAGAUCAGGGCCGUGCAUCAAUGAAACACAUGUGAGUACUGGUGUGAAAGGUAGUUUUGGUUAUCUUGAUCCCGAGUAUUACCGGAGGCAACAGCUUACUGAUAAAUCAGAUGUGUAUUCGUUCGGAGUUGUGCUUUUUGAGGUUCUUUGUGGAAGACCUGCUGUUGAUCCACAACUGACUAGAGAACAGGUGAAUUUAGCAGAAUGGGCAAUUGAAUGGCUGCAGAAGGGAAUGCUGGACCAUAUUGUUGAUCCUAAUCUUGUAGGCGACAUUAAACCAAGAUCAUUGAAGAAAUUUGGUGAAACAGCAGAGAAAUGUUUGGCUGAAUAUGGUGUCGAUAGACCAACUAUGGGUGAUGUUUUGUGGAAUUUGGAAUAUGCACUUCAGCUGCAAGAAAGAGCUAGCAGUGCUAGUGAAGCAGUUAAUGAAACAACAACAAUUAGUCCUGAAAAUUCAAGAAGAUUAGAGAGAAAUUAUGAUAAUGAUUAUUCAGAUAUUAGUACUAGCCGAGUGUUUUCCCAGCUAAUGAAUAACGAAGGCAGAUGAAGUUUGACUGGAAUAAUCAUUGGUCAGACUUUACUUACCUUAAGGUCGAGUUUUGGAUUACCAAAUAGUUAUGACAAAAAUAUAAUCAAGGCAGAUAGAGAGAUGUGAAUACUGCAAAUAUAAGCAGUUCAUUCUGAUGUAAUAAAAGGGUUUCAUUUUUUUCCCCAUUU